CAUUUUUCUUAUGUUAGAGUAGAAUUAUGAGUUCAUAGAAACGUUUUUAUUUUUAUUUGUCAAUACUGUUAAAGUGGCAAAGUUUGAAAUUUUCGUUCUGUUUUAAUGAUUUUGAAGAGUUGUGUGUGUCUCGGAAGAAAAUAAAGAAUCGUGCCCCAAAACAAAGUGUUUUUUUUGUUAAAUUUUAAUUAACGACGACAACGAUUGAAUAAAAGAUUCGAUUUACAUUUUAAAUAGUGUUAUUAUAUAAUUGUCAAUAUGGAAAAUAUUGAAGCGUCUGAAACAAAAACGGGAACAACGACAACAGCAACGAAACCACAGCAAUGCGAUGAAACAAUUAUCAAAAAAUCGGAUGACAAUGAUUGUAAAGUGCAAGGAGCCGUUGAUAUUGUCGAUCAUUAUGCCAUAACAUGUGAUCCAAAAUCAAAUGAAUGCUCGGAUUCGACGCAACCAUUGCGGCCGCCACGAAAAUAUAGCGAUUAUUCAGGUGAUUCGAUGCCAUCGUCGCGAAAAGCAAGCGAAACACUUGAAUCGUCACCGAUCAAGCCAUCACGCAAACUUAGCCAAUGUUCAACAAAUCGAAAAUUUAGCACAACUUCCGAUACAGCCUCAAUUCGAACACCGAAAAAGGUAUCAUUUUCCGACGAGCUACCAUUGGCCACCAUGCAAAUGACGGCAUUCAUGGAUAGUGAGAAUCAAACAAACAAUGAUCUAUUACAUUCGAAAUUAAAUGCAAUUAUGGAUAGUAAGGCCAAUGAGCAUAACAGCGACGACGACGACCACGAUGACAAUAACAUCGAUUUUGAUGACGAAACAGAUGAUACCGAUCAUUAUUCAUCACCGUCCUCAACAAUUUCUACACAAACGUUGAACGAAUUGACAAAGGCUGAUAUGUUUCCAAACAGUCGAAAAGUAUCAAUGCACUCGGAACGAUCAUUUGACAUGAAUAUCGGACAAUCGAUCUUGAAAGCCGGCACCGGAUCGGCCACCACACAAAUCACAACUGAAAGUGAAGUGACAGCGACUCCAAUCGAUACAUUCUUAGAAAGUGAACGAAAAAUGUCAACGAGCAGCAUAAAAACCGACAAAAAUAAAGCCAACGAAGUGUUCAAAGCGUUAAAAGAAGGAUAUUUAAACGAUGACAACGGUGAAUGUAGUGUUAUGGAACUUGAAGUGAGACGUGAAAAAAUGCGAUGGCUUUUAAUAUCAGAGUGUAGUGCUCGAUUAGGUGAAGAUAAACACACACUUGAAGGAUUCAAACGAAUAUUUUUAGAAGAGCCGUUUUUGUUGAAUUUUUUCAAACUAUUUGAUGUCGAAGACUGCGAACAUUUGCCACAAGAUAAAUGGAUUGAACAUCUCAAGGGACGUUUAACAGACGAAAAAGAGAUUGACUUUGCUGAGCAGUUGGAAUCUGUUGCCUAUGUACUGUGCGGUGAAGGAACAAUUACUUUUGACAAAUUCAUUAGUAUUUGGAAUGCUAGAGGCAUUUCCGAAAAAUUAUAUCGCCUGAUUGACUCGGAAGUGAAUAAUAUUGUUUCAACCAAUCAAAUUAUGGAAUUUUUAUCAAAUCUAACAAAUGCCCGGCCACGAACUGGAUUCGAUAAGAGCUCUCUGGAGCGACUGGAGCAACUAUUUCGUAAAACGGUGGGCAAUGAAAAGGAAAUACGACGCGAAGACUUUAAGAAAAUUGUUACCUCGAAAAAUCCAUUCUUCACAAAUCGAGUCUUUCAAAUUUUCGACAAAGACAAUUCCGGUUCGAUAUCACUGCAGGAAUUCAUCGAUGCCAUUCAUCAAUUUGCUGGCCAAUCACCUGAAGAUAAGAUAAAAUUUCUCUUCAAAGUAUAUGAUAUUGAUGGUGAUGGUUUGAUUCAACAUCGUGAGUUACAGCACGUAAUGCGAGCUUGUAUGGAAGAAAAUGGAAUGCAAUUCUCUGAAGAUCAGAUUGAAGAUCUGACAAUGGCAAUGUUUGAAGAUGCCGAUCCAUAUAAUCGUGGUACGAUUACAUACGAAGCGCUUAAAGAUCAACUUGAAAAACAUGGCGGUCUUUUAGAAAAUCUAAGCAUUAGUAUCGAUCGUUGGCUGGUCCCAUUACCCAUCGAACCAGCAAAAAAGAUAUCAAUGCAAACUCGUAUGCCGCAUCAAUUAACCGCACCAUAUCUUAAAAACAAUUAUGUUUUCUUAUCAUUUCUUACGAUUUUUUUUGUCAUCAAUGCGGCACUGUUUAUAUCACGUGCUAUUCAAUAUCGUGAAAGCAAUAUCUAUGUAAUAUUUGCACGUGCCUGUGGUCAAUGUUUGAAUUUUAAUUGCGCAUUCGUGCUUGUGGUGAUGUUACGUCAGUGCAUUACAUUUCUUCGGACUCGGGGUUUUGGUGCAUUUUUACCAUUGGACAAUCACAUUUAUAUGCAUAAAGUGACCGGCAUUCUUAUCGCUAUUUAUAGUUUGGUGCACACCAUUAUGCAUCUCAUCAAUUUCUCCGUAAUUGUUGUGCAUGACCGAAAAUUGAAUUGUAAACAUUACACCUUGACGGAAUGGUUGUUAACAACGAAACCCGGAUUAUUUGGAUUAUGUGGCGGUUGUGCAAAUCCAACCGGAAUCGCACUAUUUUUUGUACUCGUCAUUAUGUUUCUUUGCUCACAGCCAUUCGUUCGACGCGGUGGCAGUUUUGAAAUAUUUUAUUGGACACAUUUACUUUACGUUCCAUUUUGGGUGUUGCUCGUUUUUCAUGGACCAAACUUCUGGAAAUGGUUCAUCAUUCCAUUUAUCAUUUACAUGGUUGAACGUGCUUUGAAGAUAAUUUGGUUGCGUAAUGGUCAUGGCAAAACCUAUAUUUCAUCUGGUAUUUUAUUGCCAUCAAAAGUAACACAUUUGGUGAUCAAGCGUCCAUCUCACUUCUAUUUUCGGCCGGGCGAUUAUGUUUUUGUCAAUAUACCAGCCAUCGCAAAGUAUGAAUGGCAUCCGUUUACAUUGAGCAGUGCACCAGAACAAGAAGAUUACAUGUGGCUACAUAUUCGUGGUGUUGGAGAAUGGACAAAUCGCCUCUAUGCGUAUUUUGAAAAAGAACAAGCUCGUUUACACAAUGGUGAAGUGAUGCCAAUAAUGGAUAAAAAAUCAUCAAGUAUCAUUCCAAUGAAAGAUACAACGACAAACAAGGCCAUUUCAAAUACACCACAAAAGGAUUUCUUAGCCAAAAAUCUAUUACAAAUGCGACAAUCACCAAUGGCAACCGCUAAAGCUCAAGCAACAUCAAGUGAAACAUUAAAACAAACAACAGUUACCAACGAAAAUGAAAUUGAUAAGAAGGAUAAUCCAUUCAAAUUUGAUGCGGCAACAAUUGCAAGCAGUACCGAAAAUGCAACGACCAAAAUGUCCAGCAAUACAAAGGCCCCCGGUCAGGGUGCAAAAAUUGAACGGCAAUUGUCCGAAACGAAUUCAGCAAUAAAAAAGAUUCAGGCAACACUUCAACGGACAUUCUCUCGAAAAGGUACACAACCACAAGACGGAUAUUCAAACGAUGGAUUCAUUGCAGACGACCUGGCGGUCACAGAAGUUGAAACUAAAUCUCCAAUGCGUCGCAAAUUGGCCACAGAACGACGUGGCACAGAAAUGGGCUUCAAAAAUAAAACACCACUGGAAAAAUCAUUAUCAAUGCCUGAUAUGGAGAAUCGAAUGCGAAAAAGGGAUCGCAUUAUGGCACUACGGGAAUACAAUCGAUCCGAAUCGGAAAGAUCGUUUGACGAGACUCAAAUGAAGAAAGCCCGUAUGAAAUCAUUGGGAUUAGCAUAUCUUAGCCCACAAAAUCGAUCGCUCGCACAGAGUUUUCGAUAUAUGAGAAAUAAACCAACAAUUAUUGCAUUCAAAACACCGAGCAUGGAAAAUUGCGAACAAAGCCCAUCACCAAGUCCAACGACAGUCUUCUCACCGAAUGAUGCAGAAGAAGGAAAAGUAGUACGAGCCACAAAUUCACCGAAAAACGGUGAAAGUGAUCGACCCAUAAAUUAUCCAGUUGGGAAACCAUUAGAGACUAAUUAUAAAACUCCCCUCUCAGCACGUCUGUCGAAUCGACUGGCGCAAAAGUUACAUGUUAGUACGAUUUAUAUUGAUGGACCGUAUGGAGCACCAUCGAGUCACAUAUUCCGCGCUCAGCAUGCUGUUUUGAUAGCAACCGGUAUCGGUGUCACGCCAUUCGCUUCGAUUCUUCAAUCGAUAAUGCAUCGCUAUUGGAAGGCUCGUCACACUUGUCCGCGUUGCAAUUUCGAAUGGUCCAGCGAAAUACCACAAAGUAUUAUGCAUCUACGCAAGGUUGACUUUUUCUGGAUUAAUCGUGAUCAACGAUCAUUUGAAUGGUUCGUGAAUCUACUGUCACAAUUGGAAAUCGAACAAGCCGAACUUGGUGGCGCCAUGGAAAGAUUUUUGGAUAUGCAUAUGUACAUUACAAGUGCACUACAGAAAACUGACAUGAAAGCCGUUGGUUUGCAGCUUGCACUCGAUCUCCUUCACGAAAAAGAAAAACGUGAUUUAAUUACUGGUUUGAAAACGCGUACAAAUGCCGGCCGUCCCAAUUGGGAUAAAGUUUUUAAGCAAAUUCAAGUGCAGAAAAAAGGAAAAGUGACCGUUUUCUACUGCGGACCACCUCAGCUAGCAAAAACACUACGUGUUAAAUGUGAUCAAUAUGGUUUCGCUUUUCGAAAGGAGAUUUUCUAAAAAAAAAAGAUACUAAAUUUGUUAUCACCAUCGAUUUUGCUAUUUUCAUUAGGUUACCAUUAAAAAAUUUUUUUAUUUAAAGACAAAAUCCGUUUUAUCUAUGCCUUGUUUAAUUUUAGUUAUUUAUUCAUUAAUCUUUAAAGUGUGUUUGAAAAGUUAUCGAGUCAUUUAUAGUUCGACGUAAUAUGAACAAUUCAUCUGUAUUUUUUUCGUUAAGAGUUACCUACAACUGUGUGAGUUAUAGAACAAAGGACAAUUUUGUGAUCUACCUCCUCGCUGGAAACAGCCAAACAAUUAACUGCCAAAAUAAAUCCUUUUCCAUAAAUCACAAAAAAAAAUUUUUACGAGAAAUGCUGUUUUGACUAUUUUUUAAAAGAGACAUAUAGAUCAAUUGACAUGAAAGGGAUUAAGUAGUUGAAAAAGUUAUCAAUUUCAUAUAUUCAAAGUCGUUUUAUGUUACCACAUACCAUGAAUGUUAAUGCUUAACUUGGUGCUCGGGCUGUAAAUUUUAAUUCAUUUCGAAAAUUGUAGUUUUUGCAACCACCAU